CUCAUUUACGCCUCUAUAUAAAGUCUUGCCAAUGAAGGCAUAAAAUGCAAGCCUAUUACAUAAAAAUCUUACAACAAUAUUCUUUUGAUCAAACCGUGUAUUUUCCUCCCUACAUUACAUUAAUUACUUAGCGAUGGGUAUGAAAGUUGAUUUGAUCAGUAUUCUAAUACUGUUCUUUGUAGUUGGCAUGUUUAACUCUCAAGCAAUUGCUCGCAACCAGCCAAAAUUAUCCGUGUCUGAGAGACACGAGCUGUGGAUGGCGCGUCAUGGUCGAGUUUACAAGGACGAAGUAGAAAAAGGAAAACGACUCAUGAUAUUCAAAGAAAACAUGAAAUUCAUCGAGUCGAUGAAUAAGGCAGGGAAUCUGUCUUAUAAAUUAGGCAUUAAUAAAUUUGCAGAUAUUACUUCAGACGAGUUUUUUGCCAAGUAUACUGGAUUAAACAUGCCUUCACAUCCUUCACCUUCUCCAAUGUCAUCGACGGAAUUCAAGAUUAAUGAUCUAACUGAUGAUGAAAUGCCGUCUAACUGGGAUUGGAGAAAGCAUGGGGCUGUUACAAACGUGAAGGAUCAAGGUCAAUGUGGAUGUUGUUGGGCAUUUUCUGCCAUUGGAGCACUAGAAGGAGCCUACAAAAUUGCAACAGGCCAAAAGAGUGAACUAUCUGAGCAAGAACUUAUCGAUUGCACCACCCAAAACAAUGGUUGUAGCGGCGGCUUAAUGACCAAUGCAUUUGAUUUCAUUAUAGAAAAUGGUGGAAUUUCAACUGAAUCAGAUUAUCCAUACGAAAUGCAACAAUAUACAUGCAGGAGGCAAGAGCUAACACCAGCAGUAAAAAUAAGCAGCUAUCAAGUUGUGCCUGAAAGUGAAACAGCAUUGUUACAAGCCGUCACGAAACAACCAGUGUCAAUUGGGAUUGCUACUAGCCAAGAGUUCCAAUUUUACUCUGGAGGAACUUAUCAUGGAAGCUGUGCGAACGAAAUUAACCAUGCAGUUACGGCAAUAGGGUAUGGAACUGAUGAGAAGGGUCAAAAAUAUUGGUUAUUGAAGAAUUCAUGGGGAACUACUUGGGGGGAAAAUGGAUAUAUGAAAAUUAUAAGAGAUACUGGGAAUCCUGGAGGUCAUUGUGACAUCUAUAAGUUGUCCUCUUAUCCAAUCAUAUGAUAGUCCCUAAGGAAGUAUUCUAUAUUUUACUUUAUGUCGUAUUAAGAAUUGAAAGAAGAUAGUGGUCAUCGUGCAUGCAAAAGCUUUUUGCAUGCAGCGUAUGAAUCUUUUGUAUUGGAAUUUUAUGGAAUUAUAAAAAAGCGUAUUGAUUAGUAUUAUAAA